ACGGUGCCUGCUGCGGGACAGCCAGGGCUGCCUCGCCCAGGAAAGCCCAGGGCGGGCUCGGGAGGCAGGAAGGCGCUCCGGAAGGAGAGCGGAAGGGGCGGUGCUCAGGCUGGGUCUGGGCGUGAAGACGGGAUCCUGCCAUGAGCCCUUGCUGUGCGCGCUCUGACGGCGCUUCCCGGCGUGCCCAGCGCUGCAGCCGGAAGGGGCGGCCUGGGUUCCUGCUGCUGGCGUCGCCAUGUCCCGCCUGUGGGGCUCGCUGCUGCUUCGGCGGAUGUGGGUCCCCGUUGCCUGGGGAAGGGCAGCAGCCGGUGGUUCCCGAACUUGCGGCUCCACGGCCGCCCCUGACGGCGUCGGGGGCGCGGCGCUCCGGCGCUCCUAUUGGCGCUACCUGAGGCGCCUGGUGAGGGGGCCGCCUGAACCGCCGUUCUUGCACGUGUGCCAGGUUGGGGACCCGGUGCUGCGCGGCGUGGCGGCCCCGGUGGAGCGGGAGCAGCUGGGAGGGCCCGAGCUGCAGCGGCUGGCGCAGCGGCUGGUGCAGGUGAUGCGGCGGCAACACUGCGUGGGCCUGAGCGCCCCUCAGCUGGGGGUGCCGCAGCAGGUGCUGGCGCUGGAGCUCACCCAGGCGCUGUGUCAGAAGACCCCGCCGCGCCAGCGCGCGCUUCGCCAGAUGGAGCCCUUCCCCCUGCGCGUGUUCGUGAACCCCAGCCUGCGGGUGCUGGACAGCCGCCUGGUCACCUUCCCCGAGGGCUGCGAGAGCGUCGCCGGUUUCCUGGCCUGCGUGCCCCGCUUCCAGGCGGUGGAAAUCUCAGGGCUGAACGCCAAUGGAGAACAGGUGGUGUGGCAGGCAAGCGGUUGGGCAGCCCGCAUCAUCCAGCACGAGAUGGACCACCUGCAGGGCUGCCUGUUCAUUGACAGAAUGGACAGCAGGACAUUCACAAACAUCUGUUGGAUGGAAGUGAAUGACUAAAGCUUUUUACUAGGGCUGAGGAUUCCUUAGACCAAGAUGCAAACACUGCCACUUUGAGCUGGGCACAUCUUACUUGGCAUCAACUUGGAUGGCUUGGCCAUGACAGGAAAGUGGACCGCCAAGGCAUGCCAGACUGAGCUGGAGGAAGAUGUCAGAAAUGUUUACCCUGAAAUGAGCUAUGGACGAAGUGUUGCCUACAACUUGAGGAGAAAAAUCACCCCCAAAGGAGUGGAUGUUUCCUGACAAUUCUGUUUGGAGAUAGGUGGGGUACUGCAUUCGUCUGCAGUAGACAUGAGUUCCUUGGACCUGUAUAAUCUCUCAAAGCCAAGGUUUGGUAAUAAUGUAGUCUCCAAAUACCUGAAAGCUGUCUUUAAAAGUGCAGGUAAGCGUGACUGGC